UUAAAAAUUUUCUGUAAUAGCAGACGCGGCUUAAUACUACAUGAAUGAAAGAUCAAAGUUUGAAAAUCCUGCCUCUUUUUUAGAUUUAUAGGCCACUGUUUGUUUUUGUGAAGAUGAGCUUUGAUUCACGUGCAAAAAGACGCAUUCAUGAAUCCAAAAAAAAAGCAAGACCAGAACUCAAUUCCAGUUCAGCCUGGGUGGAACAAUGCUACUACAAAAAUUUCAAGCCUUUCACAGUCUUUACUGACAGUGCAUUAAGAAUCAGUGUUGACAAAGUGAGCCCACAAGAGUUUAUUGAUCGAUUUGAGAGGCCCUAUUUACCAGUUGUUAUUCUUGAUGUUCAAAGAGAAUGGAUGGCAAAUUAUAAAUGGACAAUCCAGAGGCUAGCCAAAAAGUAUCGGAAUCAAAAAUUUAAAUGUGGGGAGGAUAAUGAAGGAUAUUCAGUGAAAAUGAAGAUGAAAUAUUAUGCACAUUACAUGCAGAACACCACUGAUGACAGCCCAUUGUAUAUAUUUGAUAGCAGCUAUGGUGAUCAUCCAAGACGAAAGCGCUUUUUGGAAGACUAUGAUGUGCCUAUCUAUUUCAGAGAUGAUUUGUUUAAAUAUGCGGGUGAGGAAAAAAGACCUCCAUACAGAUGGAUAGUUGUUGGUCCCGAAAGAUCUGGAACAGGAAUACAUAUAGAUCCUUUAGGUACAAGUGCCUGGAAUGCCUUGGUCUUUGGCCACAAACGGUGGUGCUUAUUUCCUACACAUACACCGCGUGAGUUGAUAAAAUUGUCAUCACAAGAGGGCGGGAAACAACAGGAUGAAGCAAUUACCUGGUUUAAAAUUAUUUAUCCUAGGACCCAAAGCCCAAGUUGGCCAGUAGAAUUUAAACCGCUUGAAAUUAUGCAAAAACCAGGGGAAACCGUUUUUGUCCCUGGAGGUUGGUGGCACGUAGUUCUAAAUCUCGAUACCACCGUCGCUAUCACCCAAAAUUUUUGCUCACGUACCAAUUUUCCAAUAGUUUGGCACAAAACGGUCCGUGGAAGACCAAAGUUUUCCCGCAAGUGGUACAAAAGCUUAAAAGUAAACGAACCUGACCUUGCAGUAGUAGCUGACAACGUGAAUCUGAAUUCGCAUACCGGUGUAGCUUCAGACAGCUCCUCAGAUAGCUCAAGUUCUAGUUCCAGUUCAUCUGAUUCUGAAUCAAGCGAUGACAUGGAAGAAACAAGUAUGGAUCGAAAAGGCAAACGUGAAGAAAAUCGUGGUAGUAUGACCACUGUGCACAAAAAGAAAAGGAGAAAAUUAACUCGUACUCCACCACGGGUGAUGAACUAAGUGACAAUGGCGGUCUUUGGGUAAAAUCAUCCAGAAAAGAUUUCCAGUUGAAUAGAUAACUACCAUUUUCCUGACAGGCUCUCAGUUUGGUCGGACAUACGACCCGAAAUUUCCCUCUAAUGUUCCCUUUGUACUGUAACUCGGCAAAAUAUGAUUUGUGAUGAUAAACAUUUUUGCUGCAACUUUUAGUGCUAGAAAAUUUUCUGAAUUAAUGUUGUUUUUUUUUUUUGUUCUUUUUUUAACAGAUGCCUUGAAAACUGUACCUUGUAUCAAGAGUUCAGUGCCUACCGCCAAUACAAUUUCAUAAUAUAC